AUGCAAUUCAAUUUAAAAUAAAAUGCUUAAUAAAUUUUACACUUUACUGUCAUUAGAAAACACUAUUUUAUUGAUAGAUUUUAUCAUUUGAAACUAGAAAAAGAAUUUAUCAUAAUGAGCUCUGAAAAUGAUUUUAAGUAACCAAAAUAUGUUUUACAAUUAACUCCUGAAACUGAAUUUGAGUGGAUUAUAAGAAAUCACUAAUUAGUUGGUUUUCUAUUUCCUUACAGAAAUAAGUUAAAGGAAUUCUAUGGCAAUAAAAGUCAUAUAACUGAGCUGAAAUUUCAACUUGGAAAAAUCCUCCUUUUUAAAUCUCUUUUGAUCCAUUAUAAAUUUUUACUAUAUUUAGAUAAAGGAGCAUUUGGAUCAGUGUCUCUGUAAUUCAAUUUUACAACAGAAAAUAAAUUUGCCAUCAAAGCUCUGACGGUUUCUAGCAAAUACUUGUUGAAAUAAAUUAUGAAUGAGAUUACAAUUUUGAGAAGCCUAGAUCACCCUAAUAUUUUGAAAUUAUAUGAAGUUUUUAAAACUAAUUCUACAUAUUCUCUAGUGACUGAGUUUAUUGAUGGGAAAAACCUAAAAUAGUUAUCUAAAGAUUGGUCUCAGAUGUAAGAUAAUUCACUAUUAGAUUUGCUCAAGCAAUUAUUUGAAGGCUUAAGUUUUACUCAUAAGAACAACAUAAUUCAUAGAGAUAUAAAAUUGGCUAAUUUAAUACUUUAGAAUGAUGGAGUAUUGAAAAUAAUUGAUUUUGGAUUGGCUUGCUUUGAUGGAGAUUAAUUAAAGAACCAUCCAAAAUGUGGCACUCCAGGCUAUUGUGCUCCUGAAAUCCUGUAGAAUGUAGGAAAUAAAAAUCAAUAUGAUUCUAAAGUUGAUGUUUUUAGUGCCGGAUGUGUACUAUACAAACUACUAACCUUUAAAAGUUUAUUUGAAACAGAUUCCUCAAAGGAAGUUUAAAAAAAAAAAAAAAAUGGCUCGUUUCUCAUAAAAGAAUAGGGUAGACUAUUUGACUUGACGAAAAUUUUAGUUAAAUAAAAUCCUUUAGAUAGACCAACAAGUACGUAGGUCCUUUAAUUAAUUUAAAAUAUGAUAGAUGAUGACUCUUUUGAUGUAAAGAAUUGGUAUAGAAAUACAUUUAAUUGUAAUUAAACUACAUCCAUUUUUUUAAGUAACACCCCAAAAAAUGGAAAUCUCAGUAAAUCACUUUUUAAGACUUAAUCUACUCCAAAUAGUUCAAUAUAGUUUAUUUCAAACACAAUGAACAAAAUUAUUAAAUGA